UGAGACGCCGUCACCAUGACAACCGGUCACGAGCCUCAGGACAGGUACAAAGCCGUCUGGCUUAUCUUCUUCAUGCUGGGUCUGGGGACGCUGCUCCCGUGGAAUUUUUUCAUGACAGCCACUAGGUAUUUCACAAACCGCCUGGACGAGACCCAGAAUAUGUCCUUGGUCACUGCUGAAAACAGCAAGCACUUCCAGCCCUCAGCCACCCCCACAGUACCCUCCCCAGAGCGGAAUUAUCUCAGUGCCCUCUUCAACAAUGUCAUGACCUUAUGUGCCAUGUUGCCCUUGCUGUUUUUCACCUGCCUUAACUCUUUCCUGCAUCAGAGGAUCCCCCAGUCUGUUCGGAUCCUGGGCAGCCUGAUAGCCAUCCUGUUGGUGUUCUUGAUCACUGCUGUCCUGGUAAAGGUGGAUCUGGAUGCCAUGCCCUUCUUCGUCAUCACCAUGAUCAAGAUCAUGCUCAUUAACCAAUUCGGUGCCAUCCUGCAGGGCAGCCUGUUUGGUCUGGCUGGCCUCCUGCCCACCAGCUACACUGCCCCCAUCAUGAGUGCAGGCCUGGCAGGCUUCUUCGCCUCGGGCAUGAUCUGCGCGAUCGCCAGUGGCUCGGAGCUGUCAGAAAGUGCCUUUGGCUAUUUUAUCACGGCCUGUGGGGUUAUCGUUUUGGCCAUCAUCUGUUACCUAGGCCUGCCCCGACUGGAAUUCUACCGCUACUACCAGCAGCUCAAGCUUGAAGGGCCUGGAGAGCAGGAGACCAAGUUGGAUCUCAUUAGUAAAGGAGAGGACCUAAAAGCAAACAAAGAGGACUCCAGAGUUCCAGCCCCCAACUCUGAGUCUACCAACCAAGGCCACUCUAUCCGAGCCAUCCUCAGAAAUAUCUUAGUCCCGGCUCUCUCCGUCUGCUUCAUCUUCACCGUCACCAUUGGGAUGUUUCCCGCUGUGACUGCUGAGGUCCAAUCCAGCAUUGCGGGCAACAGUGCCUGGGGAGCCUACUUCAUUCCUGUGUCUUGUUUCUUGACUUUCAAUGUCUUCGACUGGCUGGGCCGGAGCCUCACAGCUAUAUUUACAUGGCCUGGGAAGGACAGCCACUGGCUGCCAAGCCUGGUGCUGGCCCGGAUAUUGUUUGUGCCCCUGCUGCUGCUGUGCAAUGUCCAGCCCCGCCAGUACCUGGCUGUGGUCUUCGAGCACGACGCCUGGUUCAUCAUCUUCAUGGCUGCCUUCGCCUUCUCCAAUGGCUACCUCGCCAGUCUCUGCAUGUGCUUCGGGCCCAAGAAAGUGAAGCCGGCUGAGGCAGAGACAGCUGGAGCCAUCAUGGCCUUCUUUCUGUCUCUGGGCCUGGCACUGGGGGCUGUCUUCUCCUUCCUGUUCCGGUCAAUUGUGUGACCAUGGAUGGAUAGAAGGACUGCAGUGGCCACCUGCUCCUGCCCCCUUUCUUCUCCUUCAGGGACGGGCAGGAGUUUGGAGGUUUUCUCUUCUAGCUAGCCAGCUUCUUCUUUCUCACGGCCUGUUCUGGGCCCGGGUGUCCAGGCCCUGAGGAGGGAACCUCUGUGGAUGGACAGUGGGGACAUUGUGAGCCUGAGGGUCAGAAUCAAGGGAAGGGAUACAGUCUUUAGAGUCUCUGCAUCUGCUCAAGGGCUGCCCCCCCACCCCCACCUUGGUUCUGACUGAUCCUUGCUUGAGCAGGGGAAGCAGAGACUCCUGGGCUCAGAGUAUAUAUGUGUGUGUGUGUGUGUUGUGUGUGUGUGUGUGUGUGCGCAUCUGCCUAUACCAGGGGUGGCUAGGGGGCAGGACUGUCUGUUCUAAAGUCCAGUCUGACAUUUCCAUCCCCCUUCUCCCUAUGUGCCUCCUCCCCUCACAUCUCCGUGUCCCUCCCCUCCUCCCCCUGCCUUGUUGUUACCCAUGAUGCACCUUGUACAGUUGCCAUUUUAUGCCUUUUUUUAUAUUCAACAGAAACCAGGUGCCUUCAGAGGCUCUCAGAUAAAACUUUUUUUUUUUCUCCAUGGCUCCCUGUGUCCUCCAGCCACAGCUUCAUGCCCUAGAGAGGGCAGCAGGAUGGCAGCCCGAAUCUGGGGGAUGAGCAUGACCCAGCUGAGCCUUGCCAGCGCUGGGCUGGGCGUGGGUCCAAAGGUGGGGGGGAACAGUUGGUCCUCUUAGCCUCAGAGAGGCUGCAGUGCCCCCUGGUGGGGCCACAGAGAAGGGACAAGUCUGGAGCUGGGAUGUCCAGGCUGCCGGCUGAGACUGAGAAAGGCCAUUUAUCUUUGCUGCUCAGUUCCUUCUUUCGUAGGACUGGGGACGGAGCCAGUGCUUCACCUUUUUUUUUUGGUCUUCACUGCCACCUUUUCCACCUGUCCUCACCACCCAGCCUCAGGAAUGAACCUGCAAAACUGGUCAGCACUCCUCCCUUGAGUAACAUCCCCUCCCCUGGCUGCCCUCCCACACCUCCAGGCAAGAAGAGGCUGCAGCCCAAGGGUUCUCCUCUACCUGGCACUCUGCCCUGACAUCAAAGCUAAGUCUUCUUGGGGAACAAGGGGCCUAUGUGUCCUUGCAUUAAAACUGGGCCCUCCCCUUUUCUUAAACUCACCUAGGGGUGGAAUGGUAUGGGACUCACUCCGUGGAGGGAGCCAUACCACUGGGUCCCCCUUCUUAAAAAUUACUCUUCUGGACUGGAAGUGGGGCCAGAGCUCUGGCUACUGUGGACACACAUACACACACACACCUACCGACCCUGGCUAUAGUCCAGACUGUUCACUAAUCCCUGACCAGCAGAUAGUUACAAAUUGGCACCUCUGUCAGGGCUUCUGUUUCUCAGUUUAAUUUAAUUGAAGGCUUCAGGCCUCAUUAAGGGCUCUUAGCACAUUUUUAAGACUAUUUGAUGAGCUUUGAAGUUCUAAUAGGAUAGUUAAGUAUAUCAUUACAUGGAGAGCUAGAGUCCAUGUAUUCCAGGGGUACAUGCCAAACCAGAGUAUGUAUCUGAGGCUGGUGGAAAACAAGGUAUUCCUUCCCUAUCCGAUUCAAAAGCAGGGGUUCCCUGAGUAUUCUCUCAUCUUUGCAAUGCCCUUUGGCAAAGAAGCUGAAAUAAAUAAAUAAAUCUGCACUCUUC